AUGGGUCGCCAACCAGCCGUUCAUGAUGAUGUGGAAUCAAACAGCGACAAGCAAUCUACAACCUGGAAGGACUGGGCUGUAGUAUUAACCUGGAGUUUAGUCAGCUAUUUGUGCCUCAUCCUUAUCAUCAUUGGCUAUUUCAAUCCAUCUCUUCUGCCAAUUGAUCCCACGUCCCUGAUGUUCAACAAGGAUAUCUCUCCAUUCUUCGCUUUCUCUCGUGGCUCCGGCCAUUUUCCCAAGCCGACUGGGUUCAAUAUCAUCGCUUUGGUUCCCUUCAGAGACUAUGAGCGUACAGAAAUCCUCGAUUGUUACCUACAGAAAAACCUAAUUCACAAUCACGGCUUCCUUGAUCAAGUCGUUUUUAUUCCCGAGACACAUGACCCAUCAAGCCUGGAUUGGCUGAGAUCGAAAGUUGUGCAAACGCCAGAGUAUGCGAUAGCCCCUCCAGGCCAUGGCAUUGACUGGACAAUCCCUCGCGACAAUGUCAUGUAUGUUCGGAUCGACGGAGACACCGUCUUUCUGGAAGAACACACCAUCCCAAUCAUUGUGAAGACCAAGUUAGACCACCCUGAUUCAUUAAUGGUCUCAGCCAAUGUGGUAAACGAAGCUGCACUUGCAUCGUUGCACAGUCACCCCGGCGUGGCUCUUCCAUACCUCCCAGAACUGUAUCAUGUCAAGCAACCCUCCCGAACCAAAUCCCAGCUGCAAAAUGACUGGCGCACUUCAAGCUUCCCAGCCUGGCAAGGUCCCGCAAGCUUUAGAGUUCGAAAGGGAUUCAAAGCUCCAUUCCAAGGCCACCGGUGGCUCUUACCGACUGAACCAGGCUCUGAUCGGGAUCCUAUCGCUUCAUCGGUCUACACUGAUACUGGACCAAGUUUGAAGGAUUGGACUGUUGCUGCCCAGCAACACUAUUCUUUCCUUCAUAAUCUGGAAUGGGAUCGGUUGAGUCGGUAUAAAUUCCCGAUUUGGGUGGAUCCGAUCGAGCCGAUUAGUGAUAACUUCGGAUGUUUCUGGGGGAAUGAUGCGUCUACACUGCAGCGGAUCUUUGAUCGCAAGGGUACUGGAGAACUCACAAAUUCUUGGAUUAGGGAGAAUGGUACUCGACCCCAUGUGAGCAUUGAUGGCAAAGGACUGGUUUCGCAUUAUCCUGCCGAUCUGGGGGCCGAUGGUUUAGAUGCUACUGAUUUGUUGGAUCGGUAUCGAGCUUAUGCCCAGGAGAAGGUCUGUCGACACACCAUGGGAGAGUGA